GCGAUUCGUUGAAGGCCGACGUGACGACGUGACGGGUGCAACACCCCCCUAUAGCUUUCAAUGCUUACCACUUUGGGUUCAGGCCCUAGACACCUUUCUGAUCUGGCUGAGAGUGGAUCCACAUUUUUCCCUAGGUUUUUUCUCUCCCAGUCCACUGGCAUUGAACCGAGUGGCGCACGCGCUAGGACUCUAUCACAUCCAUUGGGCGCACUUAUUGCCAGGAACUUAUGGGUUCUCUGCAUGGCAUGCCAACAGCGAAGCCAUCAGCUAUCUACUUGCAGGUAUGGCUAAAAUGGAGCGGGCGCCGAG